CGGUGUCGCCCCUCAGUGAACGUCACCCCGUGCCAGUUUGACACGGCGGAUGUUCCUUGGAGGAUCCGCCGUUUGCGCCUAUAAUAUGGAACAUUGUUCUACUGUUCUCGAUCGACGACGAGAUCGAGGAAUUCCUGAGACAAGAAAGCGAUGCGUAGCCUUGCUCGCAGGCUACUAGUAUGGCCGGCAUUCGUACUGUCCCUCCUGGUGGCCGGUCGUUUGCUGUUCGGCCGCGAUUUUCGAUUGCCGGCAACGACAAUCGUUUUUCACGACGACGAUAGCAUCCCGAUACCGAGCGGCGGCCAUACGAAUUCGCAGCAAGAUUCUGGUCCGCCGGGACCGCCCGCUUAUGCGGCAGGCAUGUACAUGACAGGUCGGCAACCCCGUAACGGAAGUGCUUGCAAGUGGUACCAUGGUCUACCGGAUGUCCUUUCUUAUCCACCGUCCAAGCUCACUUGGAGCCCCGAAAUCGGCGAGAAGAGCCCUUAUAGGGUCCUACCAUUCGUGUUGCGCGGCGCCACCGAAGCGACAGACGGGUUGCCCCAGGUCACGCUGUCUACACAUGCCACUGCCGAUCAGGUUUACGGGAUCGUGGAGCUGGCCAGACGAUGGGAGGGACCGCUCAGCCUGGCAGUGUUCGCGCCAGGCCUCGACGCCGGCCUCGCUGUCGCUCAGCUUGAUCGGGCCUGUCGGUGCGAGCCUGCCAUGUACAAGGUUUCCGUCCACCUGGUGUUUCCGGCGGGUCGACCGCCCGCUUUGAAUGCGAUCAGUCGUACUCGAGGCGAUUGCGCCGCCUCUGAUCUUCAGUGGCGACAGGCCGAUACUGAGAGGCGAAAGAUGAGCAUGAUGUAUCCGAUCAACGUAGCUCGGAACGUAGCGAGAACGGCGGCGAACACGUCCCGCGUGCUGGUGUCGGACAUUGAGCUGCUGCCGAGUGCGCGGCUGGCUUCCGGUUUCAUGGACAUGGUACAUCAGAGGUCGCCCAAGGUCGGCGUGAUCUUCGUCGUACCCGUCUUCGAGAUAGAGUCCAACGAACCGCCGCCAGCGACGAAGCGCGAGCUCCUCGCCGCCUGCCGAGCCGGUUUAGCGGUAUAUUUUCAUAGAUUCCUCUGUCCGCACUGCCAGCGAUUUCCCGGACUGAGCAGGUGGAUGAUCAGGCCGGAUCCGGGCAGGGUUCGACCGCUGAUCAUCACCAAAAGGGAAUAUCCGCAUCACAGGUGGGAGCCGGUUUUCAUCGGCACGCGCGAGGAUCCGCUCUAUACGGAAGAGAUGUCCUGGGAAGGGAAACAGGAUAAGAUGGCCCAGGUAUCUUAUUUAAAUACAGACUCAUCUCUCCUAAAUACGAUGUUCGAGAUGUGUCUUCUGAAUUAUCGUCUAGUUGUGCUCGAUGGUGCCUUUUUAGUGCAUACUCCGGGAAUCAAGCGGAAAACGCACAAGAUCAUUGCGGCCACGCAGGAAUUCUUCCGGCCGCACGAGAGGCGAAACGCCAGGAUCUAUCAACGCGUGACAAAACGUCUAAUCAAGCAAUAUCCGAUUAAUCGUAGAUGCGCGCAAUGAGACUUUUAAAUAUCAACAUAAUUCUUUCCCUGAAAGAAAAAAAACAGGUAGAAAUAGAGAGAAAUCACUCGACGCGCAAGCGGUGCCUGAUAUAUCUGAUGUAUACGAACGAUAGAAAAAUAUUUUUCGGCGACAUCGUGAGUUUUAAUUAUAGACUUAUAGAAGAAUAUAUAUCAAUCGUUUUUCGAAUAUAUCACCGCGGAAAUAAAGAUUUUUAUACGGAAAGAAGUAAAUUUUACGGUAA